CGCCCUCCGAAAGCCUCAGGCAUAGUUCUUCCCACACGCUGUAAUCCCCAGCACUUAGUUGGGCACCAGGGGAGUCCUUGGGCAGCAAUCGAGCAAUGGAGGGGGAACACCUAAGCUUUGGGGCAAUGACCUCAAAGACAAGAGAGUGGACAGCUGCUUCGCUCCUGCAGGAGUAUAGAUCGCUUCAGCUAUAAAAACUGUGAAAGCUCGGUCAGAGCUCUGAUUGGUGGAGAGAUCUACUGCGGACGCCCCCCCUCCCCCCAGAUCAGACAAUAAGAGACCAGAGCUCCUGGGGACAAGGCGUCUACAGCCCGGUGUGUUCUUCUCGAGUAGACACUUCGCUGUCGGCCGUGCCGCGCUCGGGUUACCAGAGACACCAUGGGCUUCUGGAAGUUCUUUCCCUGUCUGGCUCUCAGCAGCAUAUGGGUCCUGUGCCUGGUCAGCAGCCUCCAGGCGUCACCUUUCAGGUCAGCUCUGGAGAGCAGCCUAGACCUGGCUACCCUCAGCAAAGAGGAAAAACACCUGCUGGCCACACUGCUGCAGAACUAUGAGCAGAUGAAGGCCAGAAAGCUGGUACAGAAGGAGCAGGAGGCUGAGGGCUCCAGCUACCGCAACAAGCGGCAGGCAGGUACUUCUGAGACGAAGCUGCAGAUCCUGCUCUUAGCCUCAAAAAGCAACACUGCCCAGAAGAGAUCUUGCAACACUGCCACCUGUGUGACCCAUCGGCUGGCAGGCUUGCUGAGCAGAUCGGGAGGUGUGGUGAAGGAGAACUUCGUGCCCACCGAUGUGGGAUCCAAAGCCUUUGGCCGGCGCCGCAGGGACCUUCAGGCCUGAGUUACAUAGAGCUGAACUCACCACACCUAUUAAUGUUUAUUAAAAACAACCUGGUGAGAAGACCCCGUGGACAAUGCAUACGCUUGCAUCCUAACAGAUUCCUGAGAAAAGCACCGUUGUUUCUUGAGAGCAAAGAAACCGGGUAUAAAUGAGUUAAUUCUGUGUUUGUUUGUAUCAGUCUUAUACUGAGUCUGUGGCUAGUCAAUGUGAUGGCGUCUCCCACUGGCUUUCCUAGCAGCAAACCACAGAGGUUCCCCAAGAGCCAUCUAGCUGAUGGUGGCAGCCUUGUUGAACCUUAGGGAGAUGUCAAAUCACUGCCUCUUACAGCCACUGGGAACUCAUGGUAGAGGAAGUGCUAUGCCUUGAUGUCUCAGAACAUGAUUGUAUAUUUAUUUAAGGAAAUGUCAAAAUUGUACCAUUUGUGA